AUGGCAACAAUGAGAGCGGCGGUGAUGCACGAGGCGGGCGGCCCAGAAGUACUCAAACUCGAAACCCUUCCAAUCCCAGCGCCAAAGGAUGAUCAAGUUCUCAUUCGAAUCAAAGCAUUUGGCCUUAAUCGCUCUGAACUCUUCACCCGUCAAGGCCACAGUCCAGGGGUCCAAUUGCCUCGCGUCCUUGGGAUCGAGGCUGCCGGAGUGGUGGACAAGUGUCCCGGAGGUCAGUUCCAGAUUGGCCAGAAGGUCGCCACUGCCAUGGGAGGGUUGGGUCGAGAUUUCGACGGGGGAUAUGCCGAAUAUACGUGCGUCAAAGCGAGCAAUGUGCAGGCCCUGGAUACUGAGCUCGACUGGACCAUUGUUGGAGCAGUGCCUGAGAUGCUCCAGACAGCAUACGGCUAUUUGUUCAAGGCCUUGCGCCUGACCACGAAGGAUCGCCUUCUCAUCCGCGGAGGGACGACUUCGGUAGGCCUUGCAGCAGCUGCCAUUGCCAAAAACCAUGGCUGCUAUGUGGCGUCGACCAGCCGAAAUUCUGCGAAGUCGACCGCUGACCUGUUGAAGAAGACCGGAGUGGACCAGGUCAUCAUCGACGAUGGAAAAGUAGCUGAACAGGUCAGGGCGAAUAAGUUCGACAAGAUUUUGGAACUGAUUGGAACAACCACUCUGGAAGACUCCUUGCAAUGUGCGGCUGAGUCUGGGAUUGUCUGCAUGACGGGGAUCGUCGGGAAUAAAUGGUCUCUCGAUCAUUUUGCCCCCAUGGAUGCGAUUCCAAACACAGUCUACCUGACGAUAUACUCGGGUGGUCCAGAAGAGUUCAAGGAGACGCCCCUGAACGACCUACUGAAGCAGAUCCAAGACGAAACGUUGCCGGUCCAAGUGGGCAAGGUGUUCAAGUUGGACGAGAUUGUUCAGGCACACGACACCAUGGAAAAGAACCUGGCACGUGGCAAGAUCGUUGUCCCGACGGAAUGA